CAAUUCAUCUACACAGCGACCAGACAUCAUGUUCGACAGAUCGAGCGUAUACACCGCAAGUGUCUUCAAUCAAGAGCGCGCAGAGAGCUCAGCUACGGCCACAGAGGCAACGCUUGUUCAGUUCAUCCAAGAGUUCCAACUAGAUCGCGCCUUCAUCUACAGGCAACAGCUCCGUGAGAACUGCCUUGUGGGACAGCCGCGUCUCAAUGUCGAUAUCGGUCAUGUUAUUUCUUAUGACGAAGAACUCGCCCAUCGGCUUGCUGCAGAGCCAACAGAAAUCAUUCCACUCGUACUUUGAACGCGCAGCCCUGAAAGUUGCGCGCCAAAUGCUCUACUCAGCCAGUGGUGACGUUUCUGCCAUCUCAGACUGCCAAGUAACCCUCUCCUCCACUGAGAAUCUUCUCUCCAUUCGUGACCUCAACGCGUCCUAUGUCUCAAAAUUGGUGCGCGUGCCGGGUAUUGUCAUUGGCGCGGGUGUUCUCUUCUCCAAGGCAACACGCCUACAAAUCAUGUGUAAGUCCUGUCGCCACGUCAAAACACUGCCCGUCUCUGGGGGCUUUGCUGGCGUACAGCUGCCACGACGUUGCGACAAUGAGGGCGCCGCUGGAGAAACAUUGGACUGCCCACUCGAUCCGUUCGUCAUUGUACACGACAAGUGUAGUUUUGUCGACCAGCAGAAGCUAAAACUUCAAGAGGCACCUGAUAUGGUGCCUGUGGGAGAACUCCCAAGACACAUUGAGCUGAGUGCAGACCGAUUCCUUACAAACAAAGUCACGCCCGGCAGCAGGUGCACCGUGAUAGGCAUCUACUCUAUUUACCAAAGCAGCAAGAAGCCCAAAGCUGCUGGUGCCAUUGCAAUCAGGAAUGCCUAUGUACGCGUUCUUGGUAUUGAAGUCAUGUCAGACAACGGCAUCAAGGGUCUCGCCAACUUUGAUGCACAGGAAGAAGAGACCUUCCUGGAAAUGUCGCGCAACCCAAACUUGCCGGAUGUCUUUGCCCAUUCUAUUGCUCCAAGUAUCUUUGGAAAUCUCGACAUCAAAAAGGCCAUUGCUUGUUUGCUGAUUGGUGGUUCCAAAAAGAUAUUGCCUGAUGGUAUGAAACUGCGAGGCGACAUCAACGUCUUGCUUCUUGGCGACCCAGGUACAGCCAAAUCGCAACUCCUCAAAUUUGUGGAAAAAGUGGCACCCAUCGCCGUUUACACCUCUGGCAAGGGAUCGAGUGCAGCUGGUCUCACUGCAUCUGUGCAACGCGAUGCCACUACACGAGAAUUCUUCUUGGAAGGCGGCGCCAUGGUCUUGGCAGAUGGUGGCGUUGUGUGUAUCGACGAAUUCGACAAGAUGCGGGACGAAGAUCGUGUGGCUAUCCACGAGGCCAUGGAGCAACAGACCAUCUCCAUCGCAAAAGCCGGUAUCACGACCAUUCUCAACUCGCGUACAUCUGUACUGGCUGCAGCGAAUCCCAUCUUUGGUCGCUACGACGACAUGAAAAGCCCAGGCGAAAACAUUGACUUCCAAACAACCAUUCUCUCUCGUUUCGAUAUGAUCUUCAUUGUCAAGGACGACCACAACGAUGCUCGUGACAGGAGUAUUGCCCAGCACGUCAUGAAUAUUCACAUGAAUAGGCAGACGCAAGAAGCAGCUGCUGAGGGUGAGAUCCCCAUCGACCUGAUGCGUCGCUACGUCAGCUACUGCAAGACUCGUUGUGCUCCACGCCUAUCGAGUGAAGCAGCAGAGAAGCUCUCAAGUCACUUUGUUUCCAUUCGCAAGCAAGUACAGCAAGUUGAACAGGACAGCAAUGAGCGUUCGAGUAUCCCAAUCACGAUUCGUCAACUUGAAGCGAUUGUGCGCAUCACCGAGUCGCUUGCCAAGUUGACACUGAGCCCGAUUGCCACUGAGAGCCAUGUGGAUGAGGCGAUUCGUCUAUUCCGGGCAUCCACUAUGCAAGCAGUGGGCGAAGGCGCUACGACCCGACAGGAGCUGGUGGAUGAGGUGAAUCGCAUUGAGGAAGAGUUGCGUCGCCGGUUACCGAUCGGAUGGAGCACAUCCUAUGCAACACUCAUGAAAGAAUUUGUCAAUGGCAAGGGUUACACAGUCUCGGCACUCACACGCGCUCUGCACAUCAUGGAGCGACGGGAAACCAUUCAGAUGCGCAAUCAAGGCGCGCAAGUCUUUAGAUCUGGCGUGUGAAGUGUCAUUUCGUCAAACGUGUAUUUUCUGUAGGAAGCGUUCAGCAAUGUCUAUU